AUGAAGUAUUCUAUAGAGAGAUCUUUUUUUUUUUUUUCACUGUUUUUUUUUAUGAAUAUAACUAAAUAUGCUAUUAAAGGGCACCCUGCAAGACCAGGUGAAUUCAGAAAAAGUCCAAGAGAAAUUAUUAAAUCUUACAAAGAAAGAGGACAUGGAAUAAUUCAAGGUUAUUAUCCAUCAUGGGGUUCAUAUAAUCAUAAUAUGAAAGAUAUAAGUCCCGAUGUUAAUCUUUUAUAUCUCUCGUUCGCUAAGUUAGAUUUGUCAUAUGAUGAUAUAAGUUCUUUAAUUGCAACUCCAACUCUUUUUAAAUCAUUAAUCGGCUUAGAGUAUAUAGGAAUAAAUGAGUAUUUUAAUGAUGCGUUGCAAUUAAGAAAAGCACGUCCAGACAUUAUUAUGCUUUUAUCUCUUGGAGGAGAAAAUUAUCAACCAAUAUCUUUAGAUGCUGCACUAAAUAGUACUGAAAAAAUUGCAAAUCUUGUAGAUGAGUUGGGAUUUGAUGGAAUUGAUGUUGAUUAUGAACCCAAUGGAUCGUUUGAUGCAUUAAACGAUAUAAAUAAGGCUGAUUUUUAUGUUAAAUAUGUAACUAAAUUGAGAGAGUAUAUGUGUGAGGAUAAAUUAAUAUCAAUGUCACAUUCUUCAAAUGGGGCGUUGAGUUGCAUAGGAUUUCAUGAUCCCACAAAAAUUUGUAUGGACGACAAUUCUCCAUAUAAUUCAAAUUAUUUCCAAAAUCCUUCAGUUAAAGAAGAAUUAUUAAGGGGAGCAAACAUGGCAUCAGCGGGUGGUGCAAUAUAUAUAAUGAAUAAUUUAAAGGAUAUAGUUGAUAUCAUAUUUGUUCAAACAUUUAAUUACAAUAAUACUAAAGAUCCAUCUAUUAUUCAUGAGUUAUAUGACUCAUAUGCCUAUUACGGUAGAAAAUAUGAUUAUAUCAUUAUAAUGGGAUUUAACUUGAUGUUUCCAGAUAAUCCUUUCAAACCAAAUAAUAAGGAUUUUGUAAAAUCUAUAGGGGAUUCUAUAAAAACUCAGAAUAAAUUAAAUAAAGCAGCUGACGGUUUAGGAUUGUGGUCAUUGUCCAAUGACUUAGCUGUUUUUAAUGAAAAUGAAGUAAUUCAAAAUUUCGUAGAAGCUCUACAUUAA